UUUUUUUUUUUUUUUUACUCCAGCGACUCCUCCAUCCCCAUCAUUUACAGUCGGAGCUGGGAAGAUGGCGGCCGAUUCAGCGGCUGCAAGCGGCCCGGGAACACGCAGCUCCACGGCUGCACUGGAAACGACCUUGGACCGCCGCCUUCAAGGAGUAUCCAACACCAUGGAGUCCAUACAGGGACUCUCAGCGUGGUGCAUCGAGAACAAGAAACACCACGGCCUUAUCGUCCGCUCCUGGAUGAAGUGGCUCAAGAAAUCUGACAACAAUCAUCGUUUGAAUCUUUUCUACCUUGCCAAUGAUGUGAUACAAAACUGCAAAAGGAAAAAUGCGAUUGUGUUUCGUACAGCAUUUGCUGAUGCUCUCCCGAACGCCGUUCUGCUCAUCAAAGAUGGCAAAGUCCGCAAGUCAGUGGAAAGGAUCUUUACAAUUUGGGAGGAGAGGAACGUGUAUCCCGAAGAGGUGAUUGCCAAGCUCAAAACCAACUUGAACAAAAAGGAGAAAGACCGAGAGAAGCAAAAAGAAAAGGAGCGAGACAAGCAGAAGGAGAAGGAGAAAGAAAAGGAGAAGCAGAAGCAGAAAGAAAAGGAGGCGCCUCCUGCCCCCACCAGUGCUAAAGCAGCUUUGAAGUCCAAGAUAGUUGCAGAAUUCACACCUCACUCUCUCAUCGAGCAGCUGUCGAGACAGAAGCGAACUGCAGCUGAAGAAGGAUUCAGGGAGAAGCAGCUCGCAGGUUUCAGAUUGGACGCCUACAACGCUGAGGCCUUCAAGAGACUCAAAGACAAAGCAGGAGGAAACCAGUUUGCCAAGGACUUUGAAGACGGCAGCCAGAAGUUAGAGGAGUUCAUCAGUUUCCUUGAGAAGGAGUUGAAAAACGGUCCGUCUCUGCUGGAAGCUUUGGGAAACGCAGACAUCUUCUAUGAGAUGCAGUACAAAGAGGUUAAAAUUGUGGCUAAUGCGUACAAUGCCUUUGCCAACCGUGUAACCAGUCUGAAAAGAAAACUGGAUUCCCUCAAGGCGACGCUGCCGGGACCGGAGGACUCUCCCAUCCCCUCGCCGUCUGAAGACGCUCCGUCGCCCACCGGAUCCGACUCUCCUUUUCUGGAAAUGGGUGUCGGCAGAGCUCAGGUGGAUCCGGAGCUGGACGGCAAAGCUAUGGAUGAAGGAGAUUUACAAACUGACAACAGAGACAUGGAGGACAUGGAUUUAUCUGAUGAGGAGGCAAACCCUGUUCCAGCAGCAGAUGAUAAAGACAACUCUUCCCAGUCUGUUUCAAAGUCGGACACGCCGUCGAAACUUCCAACUACGCCUCCGAAUGUUUUAAAGCCUGCCGCCUCCGCCACAGCAGCGCCGGUGACUCCCACAUCCACUAAAGCCACAGGUGCUCCCGCCACUCCUCUGGGAGUCAAUCUGGCCAAAGUGGACCUCGGGAAGAUCAGCUCUAUUCUCAGCUCACUGACGUCUGCCAUGAAGAGCACAGCAGCCAGUCCGUCCCCACGACCAUCGCCUGGGACCCCCACCACCCCCACUGCCCAGUCAGCAGCCUCCAAGGCGAUCCCGCCAAGUCCUGCUCUGGCCAGCAUCCUGUCACGUGUCGACAUCACCCCUGAGCGGAUCCUGAACGCUCUGUCCAAAACCAACACACCAGCUUUGUCUUCUCUGCUUCAAAGUGUGACGCACACCUCCUCUGCGACCUCCGCCCGCACCUCUCCAGAGUCAGCAGGUGUCAAAACACCCGUCACCCCAAAACCCAAACCCCCCCUGAGUAACAGCCUCAAACCCCCCCUGAGUAACAGCCUCAAACAGGAUGCUCCUGCGAAGAGCAGGGACUGGGAGAAGGAGAAACGUCUUUCUUCUCCUCCUCCUCCUCCUCCCCCUCCCCGUCACUCUGCUCCUUCAGUUUCUCCCCCGAGCCUAGAAUCCAAGAUCAACAGUUUCCUGCAGGGCAACCCGGGUUUCAGCGUGGUCCUGGGCGACGACAGCCCCGACGGGGUGGACGGGACCCCGGUGAGGGACGAGGCGGCCGGCACGCCCACGCAGGACGAGAUCAUGGACGCACCCGACUCGUUGGGCCACGGCCUCUCGCCCACCGCCUACCACGGCGAGCCCUGGGACGCCGCCGUCGCCCCGUCGGGGAGCGGCAACGAUGGAGACGGCUCCGCCUUCAGAUACGGGACGGUGAAAAAGAGCGGCGCGCUGCCGAAAGACGACGAGGCCAAGAGGAAGCUGGGUUCCUCCCCCAACUCGAAGGGGAAGAAGGAGGAGAAGCUGAGGAUCAUGGGAAACAGGAGACACUCUGCCGGCUCUCGGAAGCUGAGCACCGGCUCCGAUGAGGACGGGGGUCUGGGUGGGGUCAAAGAGGACAACGGCGUGUUUCCAGACGGAGACGCAAAGGGGGGUCAGUACCAUCGCAUCCAGACGCUGGUGUCCCCCCACGCCGAAGGAGCCCCCAUCCAGACUCUGGGCUAUUCCAACCGCCCGCUCGCCGGGGAGCGCAUCAAGACGGUGGAGAGCAUCCGCGUGAUUGACAGGGGCUCGCGGCGAGGGGGAGGGUCUGGGAGCCGAGCGGGGGCUGCCGCCAUGUGGUACGAAGAGGAGGAGUACCUGGACACCCGGCCCCCUCUGUCCCACGCCAUACCGCCCCCUCUGAGCCUGGGGGGUGUAGAGGACAUCCUGCCCUCCAUGCCGCUGCCGCCCCCUCCUCCCCCGCACCUCCUCGUCUCACACCUCCACCC